AUGGAAAAGAUUGUAGAAAAGUCUGGUUCUGUAAAAUUUCCUGAGAAAAAAAGAUCUUUUGAUCUUCAAAGGCUGUCCAAUUCUAGGAACUCUGAAGAGGAACAAAAUGGAGCAAAGACUUCCAAAGUGUGUGACCUUCAAGAUGGAAAGAAGAAAAAGAACAGGAAGAAUAGAAAAAGCUCAUCUCUGAGUAGUUUUGAGUCGGAAGCUAAGAAGAGCAGGAAAGAUUGUGGUAAUAGGGUGAUGGUGGGAUCAGGAUCAAGUGGAAAAACGACAACUGACAGUGAGUUUGAGGCUAAAAAGAGUACAGAACAUUGCGGUGAUAGCUUGACAGUGGGGUCAGGAUCACGUGGAAAAUUAACAAGUGGCAGUACGGAGUUUGACGGCUUGUCUCUUACUCCGCGUGAAAAUGAGAAUGUUUUUAGUUUCCCGAAGCAUCCGCAGAGUUCAGUGGGGCCGAAGUUUAAAAGCGAUCGGUUUUCCAAGCUGUCAGAAGUUUCUAAUUCUGUUGAUUUGGGAUCGGGAUCAAUUGGAAGAUUGACUACUGACAGUAAGUCUGAGGCUAAAAAGAGUACGGAAGAUUGCGGUAUUAGCGUGAAAGUGGGGUCGGGAUCAAGUGGAAAAUUGACAAGUGGCAGUAAGAAGUUUGACGGAUUGUCUCGUACUUCACGUGAAAAUGAAUACGUUUUUAGAUUCCCAAAGCAUCCAAGGAGUUCGACGGGGCCGAAGAAGUUUAGAAGCGAUUCGGUUUUCAAGCUGUCAGGACUUUCUGAUUUUGUUGGUCCGGUUGUAAAAAUUAAAGAUAAAGUUAAGAAAGUCAAGGAUGAUGGCAAUCUGGAUGACCAAUUAGUUAAUUUAGUUAAAAGUUCUGCAUAUAAGGUUGAUAGUUCAAAAGGAAAGCAGAAAACAGUCUUUGAUAAAGUUAAGAGAAGUAGGAACGGUGGUGCGAGUUCAGCUCAGCAUGCUAAUCAAGAAAAUGAUCUAUUCAUUGUAAAUAAUGUUGAUACAUCUUCAAAAAUGCAACAGACCAAUAAUAGGAAGAGGAAGAAUUUGGCUGCUCGUGGCGGUGGCAGUGGAUCUAAUACAAAAAGGGCUGAGCCUUCAGCUGUUAGUUCAGUCUCAGGCAGCAUCUUUAUUGAUUUCAAAGAGGAUAAUGAUUAUGAUGAAGAGAGCCUUGAACAGAAUGCUGCGAUGAUGCUCUCAUCGCGAUUUGAUCCAAGUUGCACUGGGUGCCCUUCCAAUAAGAAACCUAUUGUGUCACAGUCCACUAAUGGGUUCUCUUCUGUGGACUACUCUGCCAGGGAUUUGUUUAAUCAAAAAUCUAACUCAUCUACUCACUUGGAGUCUGCGUCAGCUAAUCCUGAGAGCGGAGUGCUUGGACAAAAGAAAGACCACAAAGGGAAGAAAAAUUUGAGGAAACGCCGCCAUUUUUAUGAAAUUCUUCCCAAGGGAUUGGAUGCCUACUGGGUUUUGAAACGUAAGAUUAAAGUUCUCAGGCCUUUGGAUGAGGAUUGGCAUCCUGGCGUUGUGAAUAACUAUAACCCAGUACGAAGACUUCAUUUUGUGAAGUAUGAUGACGGAUUUGAGGAAUGGAUUGAUCUUCAAAAAGAGAAAUUUAAACUUUUGCUUCUCCGCAGCGAGGUUCCUGGCAAGGGAAAACCUAAAAAAUCAUCUACUGGUGACAAAUCUGCACAUAAAAGAAAAGCCGAUCUUCUUAUAGAUGAUGAUAGCUCUGUAGACAUCAUGGGGGACACGGAGCCCAUUAUAUCAUAUUUGGCUCGUUCUGCUCGUGCGAAAUCUUUGCCUAAUCCUUUGAAAAAACAGAAAACUAUGCGAGUGCUUCUCCCCAUGGUCUCCCCAUCUUUGUCUGAUAAAACUGAUAAUGCAAAUAAAGAUGCUGGUUUCUCGGAAAGAGGUAGAAGUAAGCUGGAUUAUGAUUCUGGAGUACCAGAUAGUUCAAUUGUUGGUGGAAGGCUUAAUGAUUCUCUAGUGGCAGCUCCUACUAGCUCCCAAAUAAGAGUGUAUGUGAGGAGGCGUUCCUACAAGCAAGAUGAGAGAUUCGUAUCGCAGCCGAUUUAUGAUGAAGGUUUAGUUGUUGGUGGAAGGCUUGAUGAUUCUCUAGUGGCAUCUCCUAGUAGCUCCCAAACUAGAGUGUAUGUCAGGAGGCGUUCCAACAAUCAAGGUGAGAGAUUCUUAUUGCGGCUGAUUCAUGAUGAAGGUAAGCAAAGACUGAGUGACGCAGUGUUAGGAACGAAACGAUUGAUAUGCUUAUCUGCAAUUCCUUCCCUUGAGUAUUCAAUUGGAACAUGGGAUCUUCGAUUGUCUCACUCUGUAUUGAUUCUACAACAUGGAGUAAUGGUGACUACGUCACCUGCUGUAAUUUUGGAGAUGCUCUUUGUUGAUAAUGUUUUCGGGUUGAGGUUUUUCUUGUUCCAAGGCUGCCUGAAGCAGGCUGUAGUCUUUGUCUCCCUCAUCCUGACAGUGUUCAAUCAACCUAAUGAAAGUUGGAAUGAUGAUGCAGAAUUACCUGUAACCUCUAUAGGCGUCAGAGUUUCUAGUGUUCAAGAUAUAAAAAAGCGGCAAGUGAUUGAAUUUAACAGUUUCUCUAAACUGAAAAAUUCUGAGUGGCUCUACCUAGACUCUAAGCUGCUGCGGCGUUGUCUGCUCAUUAAGCAACUACCUGUCUAUGAAUGCACAUAUAGUAAUAUUAAGGCACUUGAAUGUGGAAGCUUCCAGCUGAGCAAACCUUGUGUUGGUUUGGACAAUUCCUCGGUUGAGGGUUUGAAGAAGGAUUAUAUCAGCGGCAUUGUGUCUAUGGGUGUUUCCAGAGAAUCCUGCAAGAGGAUGGGACAAUCUAUUUUCUGGCAGGCUGUACAACAUGGAAGGCUUCCUCAAUUUGCUCUUCCGUUUGGAAACCCAGAAGAUGGCACUCAACAAAUUGUAGAGGAUCAUAUGCAAGUUGCAUCCCGCUCAGUUAGUAUUCAAGAUAUACAUGCAGAACGCAACUUCGGAACAGUGGAUCUUCAGAAUGGUAAGCCAACUAGCAGUCAAGUUACUGUAUGUAAAUCCAAUUCCAUCACCUGUGCAAGCUCCAAUCCAAGUUGUGAUUCUAGUUUUGGUGUCAUGAGUGUUGAAAUUGCACCUUUUGAUCAAGUUGACAUGCCUUACGAUGGGAGAAGACAUAAUUCCAGAGAGUGCUCUGACCUUGGUUGGAGUAUGAGUGAUGGCUUUGUUCACAGCCCCAACCCUUCUCUCCCUAGAAGUUCUUGGCAUCAUGGUAGAUACAGCUCAAGUUCUUCUCCUUUUGGAAAUCUCUCGCCUGUACGUUCCUAUGGGAAGACUAAAUCUAUGCGCAAUGACUUGGGCUGUGGACUGAAGAAGCCACCAAAUCAGGUUCAAAACGUACUGCCUUUUGCAGGUUAUGAUGAAAAACAUAGAACCAAUAACCAGAGAACUCUACCUAGCAGACGUAUCAGGAAAGCUAGUGAGAAGAGUGUAUCUGACUGUCCCUGGAGUUCCCAAAGGAAUUUCGAGUUGCAAGCAUGUGGUGCAAACCUGAUAGUCAUCGUUGGGGACAAAAGAUGGAGAGAACGUGGGGCACAUAUUGUCUUAGAACUUGCAGAUCAUAAUGAAUGGAGACUGGCUGUUAAACUCUCUGGCGUUACGAGGUAUUCAUAUAAAGUUCAACAUAAUUGGAAAGCCAGGUCAAGUCACCCCUACACACAUGCUAUGAUGUGGAAAGGGGGAAAGGACUGGCUACUGGAGUUUUCGGAUAAAAGCCAGUGGAUGCUUUUCAAAGAGUUGCAUGAAGAGUGCCACAACAGGAAUAUUCGUUCUGCUUCUGUUAAAAACAUUCCUGUCCCUGGAGUCCGGCUGAUUGAGGAAAUCGACGAUUAUGCAACUGAAGUCCCAUUUGUUCAGAAUUCUUCAAAGUACUUCCACCAGGCUCAAACUGACUUGGAAAUGGCAAUGGAUCACUCACAUAUCUUAUACGAUAUAGAUAGCGAAGACGAACAGUGGUUGAUGUCCAAAAAAUCAUCUUCUUGCCCUGAUGAGAAUAGUUUCGAAGAUAUAUCUGAUGAAUCAUUUGAGAAGAUGAUGGAUAUGCUAGAGAAAUUUUCAUAUGCUGAACAUCGUUCACACUUCACACUUGAUGAAAUUGAGGACCUAAUGGUUGGCAUAGGGUCCGUGGAAGUAACUAUAGUCAUUUAUGAGCACUGGCGACAAAAGAGGGAGAGAAAAGGCAUGCCUUUAGUGCGACAACUCCAGCCCCCUCUUUGGGAGAGAUAUCAAAAGGAGCUGAAAGAGUGGGAACUUGCUGUCGCCAGAGGUAGCAAUGCCGUAUUAGUUGGUAACCCAGAGAAGGCAUCCCCUCCAGAGAAACCACCAAUGUUUGCUUUCUGUCUAAAGCCAAGAGGUCUAGACGUUCCCAAAAAGCGUUCAAAACAACGGUCAAAGAGGAAAUUUUCAGUUUCUGGAUACAAUCAUAUUAUCUCCUCAGGGAGAAGAUCAAAUAGUGUGGCUCUUGGGGAUAACAAGGUUGAGUCUCCGCACAAUGUUGCUGAGUCUAUUAAUGCUUUGUCGUCACCCCAGACUACAAAAAGGGUACUGCCUCGACGAGAGGCUGGUAGACUUGGACGUUUCUCAUUGAGCAACGACAUGGUUGAGUGGGAUUUUCGUCCUAAAACUUUCAAGACAAAGACGAAGAAGAUCCAGUCAUUUUCAUCCUUUAAUAAGCAAAUGAUAGCUUCACACAGCCAAAGAUCAGCAGGGAACAGAAAUGGUUUACCUGUGGAGCCAAAUCAGAAACAUCAAUAUUUUGAAGGAUCCCACAAUCUUGGGGUGGAGCCACUGGAUGCAUCUAGUGCGGCACAACAUUUACAUGAUAUAGCUGAGCUCAAGAGAGAGAAGGCUAACAGAUUGUUCUAUCAAGCCGAUUUAUUUAUGCACAAAGCUGCAGUUGCUCUCUUGAAAGCAGAUGUAGUCAAAGCUGCUGAUGAAAACUCAAAGGGCAAUGGUUAA